UGCAACUCUAGGGACCACAUCCACAUGUGGCGUAGACAAUCUGCUAGAACUUGGACCAAUUUGUAAGUGAUUAGAACAACAACAAUGUAUUCUCUUUUCAUAUUUUCAUAUUAUGUAUUUCAACCAGAGUUGUUAAAAAUUCUUGUGACAUCAAACAUUUGAUAAUAGUAUAAAUAAUCUUUUAUGGAUUUGAUUUAUGACUUAAAAAUCAUCAGACAGGGGCGGUGUAGAAGGUAGGCCUAUACGAAAAGAGGCAGUUGUUAUUAAAUAUUUUAAAUUUAUUACUGUUGAUGUAUAAAAACUAUUUUGAAAAUUUAAUAGAAAUAAAAAAAAUAAUAAAAUAAUGAUAAUAUAAUAAAAGUAAUAUUAAUACAAUAUAAGAAUGAUAAUACUAAUAUUAAUUAUUAUCAUUAUAUAAUAAAAUUAAAUAUUUAUCCAGGUAGCACACAUGACAUCUGGAUGCAUGUUGAUGCAGCUUAUGCUGGGUCUGCUUUCAUAUGUCCUGAGUUCAGACCUCUGCUGGAUGGUGUGGAAGUAAAGGGAUUCAAUUAACUAUGACUUAAGAUUUGAAAAAAAAAAUUUUUUUGCAUUUGACAACCCUUUCUCUGACCUCAACACUCUUUAACUAGACUUCAUCUUUUAUCUUUCAGAAUGUGUUUCGACCAUUUGAAAUUGUUUAUAUUAAAUUCAUAAAGCUCACGAUGUCAUUGAUAAGUUCGUGAACGUAAUCUCUAAGCGUAUUAUCUUUACACGCGUAAUUUGACUAAAACAAACAAUAUUUGUAACUCUUUCCCUCUUAUUCUCAGCACGCCAUGUCCUUCAACUUUAACCCUUACAAAUGGAUGCAGGUCACAUUUGACGGUUCUGCUUUGUGGUAAGAAAAAAAAUAAUAUAAAAAUCAAAAUUUAAAAAAAAAUCAAUUUUUUAAACUUUACUUUCUCCAAAUCACUUAAAAUAAAAAUCAAUUUUUUGUUUAAUGAUGUCUCUGUAUUCAAGGGAAAGGGAAAAUAUUUAUAAGAAGGGCAAAGACUCCUAGAAAAAUGUUUAUUAUAUGACAGAAGAGCCUGUAAUAUCUGAAAAGAGGAAAUUCAUCCUUGACCCUAACUUUUGUAUAAAGCCCAACAAAAUGUAAUCUUUUUUAAAAAAAACAAUGUACCUAUUAUGUUGAUUAUUUGGCUUUGUACUAAGGGUUUUGACACUGGGGCUUGAUAUAUAUAUACACUGUACUUAGAUGUGUUGACACUGAGGCUUGAUAUAUAUACACUGUACUUAGAUGUGUUGACACUGGGGCUUGAUAUAUAUACACACUGUACUUAGAUGUGUUGACACUGGGGCUUGAUAUAUAUACACUGUACUUAGAUGUGUUGACACUGGGGCAUGAUAUACACUCUGUACUUAAAGUGUUGACCCUGUGACUUGAUGAUAUACACACCGUACUUAGAUGUGUUGACACUGGGACGAUGAUAUACACACUGUACUUAGAUGUGUUGACCCUGGGAUUUGAUGAUAUACACACUGUACUUAGAUGUGUUGACCCUGGGACUUGAUGAUAUACAAACUCGUGGAUUGUAUUUCAAAUGCCAUAAAAAAGAAAUGAGUCGACACAAAUCCCAGCGAACCCGUCAACCAUGGAUUAUACUCACUCAUCUCAUAGCAGGGACAACUCCAAUGGUAUAACUCUUCUAAGAGCUGGGACACUCUGACUACCAGCCUCAAACAGCUACAGCUUCCAUGGUUAAGACUACGGAAGUUAACCCUAACAAAAAAGAACAGAUAUAGAGUCCUGUAUUGUAUACAAUAAAUAUUGCAACAGUUCAGUGACUCACCUGGCUCCAAGCUAUUUCAAUUAUUGAGGACCCUUGGGGUCACCUAGCGGAUGCAUGGAGACAAUAAAAUUUGUAUUCCCUUUUAUUUUUUUAAAUUUAAAAUCAACCCUCACAGAUUUUGUAUUUUCUUCAAAGACACUUCCAUCAAAAUUGAAAGAGAUGAACUAAUUCCCAUUCAUCUCUUUAGGGACAGACAAUUAAGUAGUUAAGAAAUAAUAUCAGAAUUUUCUGCCUUACACACUGGUUCAUAUAAUGAUAGAUAAUAUCAAGUUUAUUUGAAAUCUUAGGCCAUUUUGUUGUAAUGAUCAAAUUUGCCAUUUUCUUGUAAUGAUCAAGGCUGCCAUUACAAAUUAAAUAAAUAUAAAAUGUAUGCUUCCCUGAAGGUUCAAAGACAGCCAACUUGUGUCUGAGGCUUUUGAGGUGAACCCAAUCUACCUGAAACGUGAGACCGAGGACCUGGGACAGGACAUGCCAGAAUUCAGAGUAAGUUCCCUUUCUCAUUGGUGAAGAGGGUGACAUUGUUAAGGCUUAUAUAGAUGAUUUAUGUGUGUGUGUGUGUUAUGGGGGUGCAUGUUUGAGAAUUCACUACUGCCUUUUCUCCAUUAGUUCAAUGUCAUUAUGUAUCCUUCAAUAUGACAUGUACAUGACUUAAGUACAAUGUCAUGACAUGUCACUCUAUAUGACAAGUACAUGACUUUAGAUCAAUGUCAACAGAUGUCACUCAAUAGAAUAUUUAAAAGACUUUAGUUCAAUGUCAUAACAUGUCCCUAACUAUGAUUGUACAAGACUUAAUUUCAAUGUCAUGACAUGUCCCUCACUAUGACAUGUACAAGACUUUAGUUCAGUGUCAUUACAUGUCACUCAAUAUGCUCAAUGUCAUUACAUGUCCUUCAAUUUGAAAUGUACAAGACUUAAGUUUAAUGUCAUUACAUGUCUUUUAAUGUGACAUGACAAGAGUUUAUUUCAAUGUCAUGACAUGUCCUUCAAUAUGACAUGUACAAGUACAAGACUUUAUUUAUAUGUCAAAAUAUGUACUUUAAUAUGACAUGUACAUGACUUCUCACACAUCAUUAAGAAACUUUUUUUCCCUCAUGAAUUUUCAUACAAAUUUAUCUGGAUUGGAAAAACAACUUUUUAAAAAAUUUUUUAAAUGAUUAUGACAAUUAAAGUGGUCUUAUAUAGUGCGGUACCACAGCCUAGGGCUGGGCUCACUGCGCUGCACAUAAAAAUAUUUUCCAACAUAAUCAGGACAUUAAAAAAAAGUUACAUACAUUUAUUUAAUUAAAAUACAGCUGUAUCAAAAAAGGGUUUUAAAAAAAAAUUAAUCAAGGGGCUUGUGUAUUUACAUUUAAUUUCCAGCACUGGCAGAUUCCCCUUGGCGCAAGGUUCAGAUCCCUAAAAAUCUGGUUUGUUCUGCGCAUGUUCGGCGUCUCAGGACUCCAGGACCAAAUAAGGAAG